GAGUUACUCACAUUCAUCCAUUCUACAAAGAUUUCCAGGCUGCAAUGGGAGGGCUUUACCUCUCCCUGAAGGAUGAAUAAAUAGGUAGCUUACUGACAACCUGUUCUCAGUCAAGCUGAAGUGGGAACAAGACCAAGGUCUUACUCUACUGUUGGACUUAUGAAAUCCAGUCCUGGCAACAUGGAGAGGAUAGUCACCUGUCUAAUGGUCAUCUUCUUGGGGACGUUGGUCCAUAAAUCCAGCUCCCAAGAUCAAGAUCGCCUCAUGAUUAGAAUGCGUCAACUUAUAGAUAUUGUUGACCAGCUGAAAAAUUAUGUGAAUGUCUUGGACACUGAAUUUCUACGAUCUCCACAAGAUGUAAAGAGACACUGUGAAUGGUCAGCUUUUUCAUGUUUUCAGAAGGCCCGACUAAAGUCAGCAAAUACAGGAGACAAUGAAAAGAUAAUCAGUGUAUUAAUUAAACAGCUGAAGAGGAAACUACCUCCCACAAAGGCAGCAAGAAGACAGAAACACAAACUAACAUGCCCUUCAUGUGAUUCUUAUGAGAACAAACCACCCAAGGAAUUCCUAGAAAGACUGAAAUCACUUCUCCAGAAGAUGAUUCACCAGCAUCUCUCUCCUAGAACACAAGGGAUAUGAAAAUUCCUGAGGAUCUAACUCAAAGCUGGACACUAUAUUACAUACUCUAACACAGCAGUGAAACUCACGUCUUGGUUUUCCAAGUAGAGGAGCACAAUAUAUUAGUGAGGGGAAAAAACCUCAGAUAAAUGUGCAGGUCAGGAUUAUUUGUUCCAAAUUACUAUGCAAUCCUUCAGUUCAAUCCACAUGCUCCAUGUUUGGGUCA